AGAGCAUCUAACUUUCUUAUAUUGUAGAUUUGCUCCCUCUUGUGCGUAUGCGCGAUUCCAAUUUUACGUGAACCGAGAACGAGAAGCAGACAUCAAAAGGAACAUAAUGGGUGAAGCAUUGUUCGAUCUCGAACAACUUCUCAUUUCCAAAAAGGAAAAAUUGACACCUCAGGAGGAAGGUAUUCUUCUAUCAUGCAAAGGUAAAGCUGUGAGGAAUUUCACUGCAAGUUCACUUCUUGGAGGUGCUGCUGUAUGGGCAGCAACUGGGAAACUCGGGAAAGCAUUUCGAGUAAACCUUUCAGCAGGAGCUGGUGCUUUCUGUGGACUGUGGAUAUUUAGUAGAUCCUUGUAUUCUUGUGCAGACCAUAUUCUUACACUCGAUGGCAGUAUAUUACAGAAGGAGUUAGCAAAUAUAAUGGUGACAAAGUACCAGAAUGAUCCUUCGCUAAUGAAGCUUAUAUCUAAGCAUUUUUAUUCGGAGAGGAUUUAUGAUGAUUCUACCUCUAAUACUCCUAAAUUACGAUGGCGGUACCGUAAUUUUUUUAGUGAUAAUGCAAUCAAUGGAAAGAGGACACAGGAUCAUAGCUCAUAUAAUACAUCCCAAGACAACUCUCACAAUGAUUCCUAUGAUGAAUCCCAAGGCAAGUCUGAAAAUAUCGCUGACAGCAAAAGAACAACUCGUGGGACCAAGCAAAUUUCCCAAGGCAAGUCUGAAAAUAUUACUGACAGCCAAAAAACAGCUCGUGGGACCAAGCAAACUUUUGUAAAUCCUGGUUCCGAUAUUAAGUCAGAGGUAGACCCUCUUGAUUGUCUUUUUGGUGGUGUUCCAGUGGAGGAGAUUCUUCAUCCUAAUACCACAAACAAACCAUCAGCGGCUCAUCAUCGAAGCCAUAGAAGAUAUCACCGUAGGCGUAAAAUGCGCGAUCUUGACGAUCUUUCAAAAUCAGUGCACGCAGCAGCUGCUUGAUGCAAAGACUUUAUGUAAAAUUUAUGCUUUUGUUUUUUUAGCAACAUUCAAUCUGAUCCGUUUCUGCUAUCGGUAUUACUAAACCGAAGAGGGUUCCUAGUGCCUUAAUAAUAUGAUAUUUGAAGUUGGUCUGUUUUAAACUAUAUGAUAUUUGACGAUAUGAUACAGAUUAUUGUGAACA